AUUUGCGUGACACGAAUCGAAUCUGCCUGGGGGCCAAACGUGAGGGACCCACCAAUCUAAUCUACAGGACAAUCAAAAUGAACAUUCAUGUUUGGUCGACCAGUGGACUGUUCGCUUCUGCAGAAAUAUCUUACUUUGACUAAUCUUUGGAACUUCGCAAUCAAUACAACAUACACAUUGCUGCUACAGCAGAGUCACAUUCCGACUUGCGCGGGAGAAACGACCCCUAUUCGUCUGGUGAAUGGUGCGCAUGCGUACGAGGGACGAGUGGAGGUGUACCACGGCGGGCGGUGGGGAACUGUUUGUGACGAUGGAUUCGACGCGGAUGAUGCGGCGGUAGUUUGUCGUAUGCUGGGUUACACAUCAAUAUUUGCGAAGCCCUACGGUGUAGCACACUUUGGUCAAGGUGUUGGAGUUAUACUUAUGGACGGUGUAAACUGUAGAGGAACGGAGUCCGACAUCUCUAGUUGUUCUUUCGGUGGAUGGACUGUCAACGAUUGUCAACACAGCGAGGACGCAGGGGUAUCAUGCGAGCCUUUGCCGUACUUUAAACUUGACGGUGGGAAUGUGAGCUCGGAAGGAUAUCUUCAAGUUACGGAAUGGAAUGACACAGCACACCCCGUGUGUGACAAUUCAACAUCGGACUCCCAAUUCGAUAGCAUUUGUCAAAUGAUGGGAUACAGCAAAGGGGGAGUCCGUUUAGUCAGUUCAGUACACCACGUGACGAGAAGUUACUAUAGCUACAACGAUAGGGGUUGCUAUGACAACAUGAUAUGUACCAUAUCACCAUUUGCAGUAACAAACUGCUCACAGGGAAGACAACUUAGAAUCCACUGUGUGUCUAACACCAAUGAUAUUCGAUUAAUCGGUGGAAGAAAGGCAUCAGAGGGUCGCAUAGAGGUUAAACAUAAUGGAAUAUGGGGCAGUAUAUGCUCUCAAAACUUCUCUCUAACUGAAGGUAUGGUAAUAUGCAGAAGUCUAGGAUUCAAGAGCAGCCACGUCACAGUGCAUCGUGGUGACGUCUUUGGUCACGCGGACAGACCGGAAGUGAUAUCUGACCUAAAAUGUAGAGGAACAGAGCCAGAUAUUUCAGCCUGUACUAAUAUUACCUACACAGAGCGACCGUGCUCCCUGGGCAAUGAAGUGGGCGUCACCUGUGACACAACUCCAAUGCGCCUCGUGGGAGGGGCUGGACCAUGGGAGGGCCAGGUGGAAAUUCAAAAUAGCGGCCACUGGAGGGGCGUCUGUCACGAUAACCUUAAUCAGCAGGCAGCAGAAAUCCUCUGUAGAAUGAUCGGGUUUCCAGAUAAAGACGUUAUGGCUGAAAUAAAACAAGAUCACUUUUACGGGCGAGGUUCGAGGGACAAUAUGAUCCGUGUUUUGAACUGUGCUGACGGUUUGUCGGACAUCAAUGGCUGUGAAUUAUCAAGAGGAUGUACGUCUGGUGUUGGCUUAAACCUAAGGUGCCAUACAAAAGACAUACGACUACAAGGUGGGUCGCAUCCAUUGGAGGGUCGAGUAGAAGUCAAAGUUCAAGGACAGUGGAGAACAAUUUGUGACGAAUAUUGGGACGACUUGGAUGCUACAACAGUUUGCCGAAUGUUGACUGAAUAUCCCAUAGAUCAAAACGUGACCGGAAUUGCUUACAAGUCGGCGUUUUUCGGAAGGGGAACAGGAAGAGUCGCUAUGUCUCGAGUCAAUUGUAACGGGUCAGAGGUCAGCCUUCUGACUUGCCCAGCAGACAUGACAGGGGGAGUGAACUGUGAUCACUCACGUGAUGCCGGCGUGUCUUGUUCAGUGAACAACCAUGUUGUGUUGGUCGGAACCUCCUCCACAACCGGGACAGUAAAUAUUGUACAGGGAACCCAGUGGUACAGCGUCUGCGAUCAUUCGUGGACCUUGGAAGAUGCUCGCGUGUUGUGUCGAUCCAUGGGAUACUGGAGUUCCUCUCCAACUGUCUACGUGGACGCCUGGUUCGGACAAGCCAAUGGUACCUCUCUGAACAUUGAACCCGACUGCAAAGGAUCUGAACUCAACCUUGCCUUUUGUUGGUUGAAAAAUGAAUGGGGAAAUCAGUCGUGUUCCCAUAGUGAUGACGCUGGUGUCAGCUGUACCCCUACGGCUUUAGGUUUCCACACAGUUCGGUUAUCGGACGGCGACGCCCCAGGAAAGGGCCGACUGGAAGUAUUCUAUAACGGUCAGUGGGGGUCGUUCUGUCUGGACGGCUGGAAUCAGAACAAUACCGAUGUUGUCUGCAAAAUGUUACACUACAAUUCUGGAGGUUCAUUCUUCCAAUCACAACAAGGAAAUACCCCGGUCCUUGUAAACUCCCUGGGUUGUUUCGGCAAUGAAUCGGACAUAGGAUAUUGCACGGCAGAUCUAAAUAAAGCGAGCUGUAAACUUAAAUCUGUCGGGGUGGACUGCACUGAUGGAAUACGGGCUCGUUUUGUCGACAGUGCUCAUAAUUUUUCGGGCAGAGUACAAAUUUACAAGGAUGGCACUUGGGGAGAAAUAUGUUCAGCCGAUCUCUCUGAUAACGAGGCAAAAGUGUUGUGUUCUAUGAUGGGCUUCAAACAAACUACUGCUCACAUGAUCUCUGGACCAGCUCACCCCACCGGUAGCCAUGGCGUUGUCAAUGUGAUAGAUCUUCAGUGUGAUGGUUGGGAGGAGCAUGUCGAACAAUGUACAUAUAUCAGUUCUGGUGGAUGCUCUACAGUCGGGGCUCAUGUUCAGUGCUUUGAUUGCAGUGGUUUCUUCAACACAUCUACUGGGAAUCUAACCUCGACAGGAUACCCUAUUGGAUAUCCCAGAAAUGACUGUCUCUACGUCAUUGCUCCCCCUAACAACACUGAUCAGAUCUACAAGCUCGUCAUCAGCGACCUCGAUAUCAACAGUACUGGGGACUCUCUCGAGAUUACAGAGGGAGUAGGUGGACAUCCGCUUGCUUUAUUUACUGGGCAUGCUCCAGGAAGUAAUGUUGUAGCAGGGAAGGAAUUCGCCGUCCGCUUCACGUCUGACACAGGCAGUCCAAGUUACCGUGGAUUUAGUCUUCAAUGGUCCCCCCUUACAUUGGAAGACGCAAUUAGGGUGAACUGCGACCCAACAAAUUGGCGGAUAGUGGUGAACAUGACACUGCUUCGUAUGAUGUAUCCUGACUCGGGAGUUUCCCAAAUUUACUUGUCCAAGCAGUCUUGUUAUGGUCACGUGAUUGAUGACACUGUGGUGUUUGACCAUUCUUAUACUAACUGCUCUACGUCAAAAACGGUAUCUGAUCAGUUUGUGACGUAUAGCAAUCAGUUGGUCUACCCAGAAUCCACUAAACCAUUUCCGCUAAUCAUUCACGGUUAUCGAUGGAGAGUUGACGUUAACUGUGACCUUGAUAGAUUCGAACACGUGACUCAGCACUACAAACCCACGGAGGCCCCGUUAACACAGACCACGAUUCAUCAUCAAGUCGGGGGGACGGGUCAUUAUGACAUAAUGCUGCAGUUCUUUACAGACCCUCAAUAUUUCCACGAAAUAAACGGGAAUCCUAUUACUGCAAAUAUUGGAGAAAAUAUCUAUGUCAAAGUGUCACUACACAAUGACGACUUUGGAACCAAAAUGAGGCUAGAUACCUGUGAGACAAAGCCUGAAGCUGUAUCAGCUCCACAGAACACAUACAUUAUUAUAAAGAAUGGAUGUUCUGUUGAUCUCAGUACUCAGAUAGUGUCCCAAGGAACUCACGAAACGCGUUUUAUGUUUAAUGCAUUUGUUUUCCCGUCCAAUCAAAAUGCAGUUUACAUUUCAUGUAAUGCUACGUUUUGUUCCACUGGUGACCUGUCCUCGAAAUGUUCUCAGACAUGCCACCAUAAACGGUUUAACAUCAUUGGUCAAUUGUAUAAUCUUGUGUAAUGUAAAAUAAAACCAUUUUUGUUGACUA